AUGAAGAGGACUGACAGCGGGUCCUGCUGCCGCCGCCGCUGCGACUGCGGCUGCUGCUGCCGCGCGGUCCGCCGGGCGCACCACGCGCCCUACUGGUCCAGGGACGCGGCGCGAACACCGCCGUCCUCGCGGCAGUCUCCCGGCCGGGAACGACGGCAUCCCGAGCCGGCCGGGAGCUGGGCAGCAGCGGCCGAGGAGGAAGAGGCAGCCGCGGCAGCCGCACCCUGGAUGAGAGAUUGUUUUGCAGAAGAUGAUGGGGAGAUGGUACCUAGAACAAGUCAUGCAGCAGCUUUUCUUAGUGACACCAAAGAUCGAGGCCCUCCUGUGCAGUCACAGACCUGGAGAAGUGGUGACAAGGUCCCCUUUGGGCAUUCGUUGAGAGCAUUUGAAAGACCUCUUCAGGUGCAGACCCAGGCUCUUCGAGACUUUGAGAAGCACCUCAAUGACCUGAAGAAGGAGAACUUCAGCCUCAAGCUGCGCAUCUACUUCCUGGAGGAGCGCAUGCAGCAGAAGUAUGAGGCCAGCCGGGAGGACAUCUACAAGCGGAUAUGAGAUGGGAAGGGGAGUCAGUAAACAUGAAAAUGACCAGUGGAGGAAGAUUUAUGCCUGUGUUUUACUGUUGAAGCAUUUACAGCCCUUAAGGCUGACCUGAGGCAGUGAAUCCACCUCAUCCGUGGUCCUGGUGCUGAGCUCCUUACUCACCCUUUGUACUUGGCUAUUUGCAUGGCCAUUUCCUUUAUCACUUCUGUUUUCCUUUCAUCUUUUUGUUUAAAUCUACUUAAUAAAGUGUACAGGUUGAAUUUUAACAAAUAUAUAUAUACCCAUGUAACAAUUACCCCACAACUGAAACAUUUCCAUCCCCCUCUAAAGUUGCCAUGUGUCCCACUGGUGCCAGUUCUUUUACAUCUCAGACUGCUGACAACCAUUGAUCUGCUUUCUGUCUAUAGCUUAGUUUUUAUCUAUUCUAGAAUUUUGUAUAAGUAGAAUCAUAUAGAGUCUAGAGUUGGGCUUCUUUCACUUAACAUAAUGAUUUUGAUGUUCAUCCAUGUUAUUUGUGUCAGUAGUUUACUCCUUUUUAACACUGUACAGAUUGCUAAGGGAGUUAGAUCUACCAAUAAAGAAGAUAAAAGGAUCAAAGACUAAGCCCUGGAUUAUGUUGAUACUUUGAGGAAAGCAGGAAGAAUCAGCAAAGGAGAUGGAGAAUAUGUAACUGGUGAAGUGGGAAGAAAACCCACAGAAUGUAGAUCCCAGAAGCCAAGUAAGGAGAACAUACAAUGGAAGAGAGAGGGAUCAACCUUUGGAAAUGCUGCUCUUUGCUCAAGUGCAUGAUGACUAAGAAUUGAUCUUUGGAUUUUGCAACAUGAAUGUUUCCGUAGAGUGGUGGAGGCAAAAGCCUGACUUCAGUCAGUUUAACAAAAAAACGAGAGGAGAGGAAUUGGAGUCAAUGAGUACGACUGCUUGUGUUGAGUUUUGUUGCAAAGGAAAGCAAAGAAAUGGAACAGUGACAAGGGUAAAGAGUCCAUAGAAGACUUUUAAAAAGAUAGAUGAAUAAUAAUAGCAUGUUGUAUACCAAUAGAAUUUUCCUGUACAAAGUAAAAUAUUGAUGGAGAAGACUUUCUGAAUAUUGUUUUUGAGAAGUAGAGAGAAUGGGACCUAAUGCUUAAGUGGAAGGUUUGGCUCUAAAUAGGAGCUAGGCUAGUUGACCUGUGGCCACAAGCAGAAAGUUUGUGAGAACAGAUGCUGGUAGAUGGAUAGAUAUGGUGGUAGGAGACUAUCAAGGGUUUUCUUCUAGUAACUUCAGUAUUCUCAGUGAAGCAGGAAGCAAGCUUUAUUCUCUCACUAUGAAUUUUAAGACUCAUUCCUAGAGUGAUUCAGUCUCCCUCAUGUGUGUCAAUUCCUGCUGAUACAUCCUUGUUCACACCUGGAAUACCUGUAUCCUUUUUCUCUGCUUAUUCAAACCCUACUCAGGUUCAGAGUCCAACUUAGAUUCCACUUCCCUAGGUGGACCUUUCCUCAUCACCACUGCCUGAAACCAUCUUUUACUCUUUGCACUCUUAGACAAUGGAGUUUAGAUACAUUAUUUGGCACAUAUGUUUAACCCCUGGCUGGCAAUUAUCUUUCUGUGUGUGCAUUUUUUAUCUCUCC